AUGGAGGCGGCUCUGCCUGUGUCUGUGGUGUGGCAUCCCCAGUCGAAUUCCAUAAGGCUCAGGGGUAUACUGAAGCUGUGGCUGUGUGAGCUGUGGCUUCUGCUGAUGGGCUCAGGUUUGAACGCCGAACUUCCGCUUGAAGAGGAUGUAGACUUUAUCAAUGAAUACGUGGAUCUCCAUAAUCAGCUCCGAGGCACCGUCUUCCCCUCAGGGGUUAACCUACGCUUCAUGACUUGGGACGUAGCUUUAUCGCGUACUGCUAGAGCAUGGGGAAGAAAAUGUAUGUUUACUCGUAAUACCCAUCUAGAUAAAGUCCAUGAGUCCCAUCCGGUAUUUACGGAGAUUGGCGAAAACAUGUGGGUUGGUCCUGAAAAGGAAUUUACAGCCACCAAUGCUAUCAGGAGUUGGCACGAAGAAAGGAAGAAUUACAGUUAUCUAAAUGACACUUGUAUUGAGCAAGAGGACUGCUCUCAUUACAUUCAGCUUGUGUGGGACAACUCCUACAAAGUUGGUUGUGCUGUUACUCCAUGUACAAAGAUUGGAGCUAUCACAUACGCAGCCCUUUUCAUAUGCAAUUAUGCACCAGGAGGAACCCUGACAAGGAGGCCUUACCAAGCAGGGCAGUUUUGUUCUCGGUGUGGCCCUGAAGAUUCAUGCACAGACCUCCUAUGCAGUAACCAUGAUCGUGAUGCAGCUACAUAUUACCAGUUCUGGUACCCGCCUUGGGAAAUGCCCCGCCCAGUCGUGUGUAACCCAAUGUGCUUAUUUAUCCUCUUCCUGAGACUGGCAUCUUUGGCGUUAUGUGUCCUCAUUGUUCUGGUAAUACAGUCCCGGUUUCCAGUUACUGUACUGGAAACUCCAAUGCUAAUGUCAGUAGAGGAGGGACUGCAAACUGAGGAUGAAAUCGUGAUGGAGGAGGAAAAGGAGGGGGAGGGAGAAGAAGAGGUGCCGGAAGAAGAUGAACUAUAG